AAGGUUCCAGCUGCUGCUUUUCGGUUUCACGAGAAUAUGUAGGCGAUAUAAAGAUUUGACUGAAUCGGUGUAGGCAGGUCAGUGCCAUCACAGGGAUCACCACGAUGAGACAUCAGGUUGUUUUGGCGGUUUUUAUGCUGCUGACGAGUGGUAGCAGUUUCUGUGAGGCGAAAAGACAGACUCGAGCAUCAUCCGAAAAUAUAUUUUUCGUAGAAAACGAUUGUGAAGCAGCAGAGAAAUUCGCCAUUAUUGUGCAUGGAUGGAGAGAAAACUGUCAAACGGAAUGGGUCGUUGAUAUGAUGUCCAAUCUGACGAUUUAUCGAGGGGGUUGUAUCGUAUGCAUGGACUACGGUAAGCACUCUGCAGAGGACUACUUUCAAGGAUUGGUGCCCAAGUUUGGUUUGGUAGUAACUGCACUACUCGGCAAAUUGAAAGAAAUGGAAGCACGUGGUUUCGAUCCGGCCAACGGACACAUUUUCGGGUUCAGUUUUGGUGCUCAAUCGUCAAUAGAAGCCGGACGACGAUUCGGAUUCAGGAAGCUCGGACGAUUAGAUGUUUGUGAACCGGCCGGUCCAGGUUUUGAUUCAGAUCGGGUAUUUUCAACGUUAGAUCCGAAGUUUGCGGCCAAACAGGUGCAGUGCAUCCACACGAGUAACGAUAAGGGUACGUUUCGGCGUGAGUGCCACCAAGACUGGAAUAUGGGUAAUUGCGGCGCAAGUCAAUCGGCAGCAGGUCCGUAUCCGAAAGGGUCACACGGCUUGUGUCCCUACUUCUACAACAGUGCGUUCGUGAACGAGUUUCGUGCCAUCCCGAAACCGGACGAGUGUGUUUCGUUCCGGGCCAUUUCUUCCAUUCCGGACCAAUCCCGGAUGGGUUAUUUCUCCGAUAUGAACAGUGGCAUCAUUGGGGACUUUUACUCACGAACCACCAAAACGUACCCUUACAACGAAAUCCCGAAUGAAGUUUGACGAUUCUUGGAUUAUGACGAAGGAUUUUUUGUGAUGCUGCUUUUCGAUAUUCUAAUUGGAAAACUUUGCCAAUUAAGUGACCCUUGAACAGAAAAGGGCUCGAGUUAGUGUCGGCUGCGAUUGGCGCUAUUUGCAACCCAGUGAAAGGAAAACGUUCAAAAUGUGGUUAAUAAAAAGAUGUUAAUGAA